GGAGUAAACGGGGUGUUUAGCGAACGGCAGGAUUUUCCUUUCUCUGCGCAACAGGAUCAGAGCAAGCUGUUCAAAUUCAAUGCCAUCAUGGAGGUGGAAAAAUCCGCUGUCCAGCAGUUCAGCAAUCAUGGUCAUGUCCUUACGAAGCAGGCAGUUCUUCCUAAUGACAGAUUGGUGGAGGAACCCAAGCAUGAAAAUGUGCCAAAUCAUUUACUGGAAACAAAAAUCUAUAGCACAUUACAGAAAAGCAAAACAAUUAAGGCUAUCCCUGCUGUUCUACAUUUUGGAGGUUAUGACAUAGAAAAGCAUCACCAACAGAAUCUGAAGCUGGUCAAUAUUUCUACAGUAGUGACAAAUGUUCAUAUUCUACCUCCUCAGACAAAAAAGUUCCAAAUUAAAUAUACCAAAAAGAAUCACUUGGUGCCUGGAAUAUCAUUAAUAGUUACAGUUGAUUUCUGCCCUAAUGAAUGGCGAUAUUAUUAUGACUGCAUUCGCAUUCAUUGUAAGGAAGAUGAAACACUACUCAUUCCUAUACAUGCAUAUCCUGUUGCAAACAUAGUGGAUUUUCCUGCUCACAUAAAUAUAACUGAUGUCCCUCUUGGGCAAAGCAAAGACAUCAUCAUUCCUUUGCGAUGUAGCUGCCCGGUUGAUUUUGAGUUUCAGUUGAAUUGUUCACAGCUGCAUCAUGCAUUCAAAAUUCGGCCUACAUCAGGAAUAAUACCAGCUAAUGAACAAAUUGACGUUGUUGUCACUUAUACACCAUCUGAACGUGCUACAGCUCAAAGUAAGGUGCAGCUCAUCAUUUCAGAGUUCAACGCAAAGCCCUACAUUUGUACUAUCACUGGGAUUUACUCUCCAGGGCACAAAUUUAGGCUUCAAGACGAAUAUGAAGAAACUAAAGACACCGUCACAAGAAAAUUACUGGAUCCUCAGAGUAUUUCGCCAAUAAACAUUUCAAGAAAAAAGAGACAUCAGAAGCAUGUAUUGGAUCAAACAGCUGAAAAAUUAAAGGGCUCAAAGUUUCCAGCAGAUUUGUCCAAUCCACAUGCUGUAGCCCUUGUAUUAAACCAGAAACCUGGCAAAUUACGUCUUAAAGAUCUGCGAGAAGCAUUGGCAAGUGUUCAAGGAGCAGCACAAGGCAGACAGGCAAAGGAAGCAAUGUUUAUUCAAAAGGUCAACAAUACUGCUUCGUUGGAACAAGCUAACCAAUUACAAUGGCAGUCACACCUUGGUAGAGAUCCAAUUUCUCCUAGAGCUAAACAGUUAAUUCUGGAAAAUAGACAACUGGCGGAUGAAGAAUACAAGGUUUACCUGGAUGUCCAUGUACCACAAAAGGAAUGUCAAAGACAGGAAACAAAGAUUUCAUUGAUUCGCGUCCUCCGAUCUGCUGGACAGUUUCCAAGCUGCAUCCCAGAAUUUGAUCCCUAUUCAAAUGAUCCCUGGGAAGUUCGUCAUAGAGUUCUCAGACAUUUUCAGCUAACUGCAAGAAAGGUUAUCAUACAAUGCCGAGUAAAUCAUAGGUUGAUUUUGUUGAGAAAACUUAUUGAAACUCUCAAAACUCAACGAGAAAGUUUAAUUGAUUUCAAUGUGAGCAGUAAAGUCACCAUUGAUUGGUCGGAUCAGGAAACUGAGAAGUAUCGUGCAAGUCUUUCCAUGGAAAAAGUUCAGCCUUUUACAUUCCCUUAUUAUGUCUCUCCUGACUGGAGUGAUGAAUUAGCUGCUGAUGGACUUGGAUCUGUGCCUGUCAAACCUUCAGAAGUAACGUUCAGUCGAGUGGUACCAUACUUUAACCUAAAGGCUUUUCGUCGUUAUCAGUUAAUGGAUUAUGAACCUUAUUCUACUCAAUAUUCUUCAUCCACUUAUGUUCCAUUAACUUUGGCACGGCCUCUCAGGACAGGAGCAGAGGAUGAAUGUAUCUCAGUGCCACUAAAUUGUCAGAAACAUUUUGAAACUGACACACAUUUGGAUGACCGGCACAUGAUAAAACCUUUGGCAAAGGAUGAAAAAUCAGCCUCAAGCACAGCAAACUUACUUCCCCCUGACAAGUUACUCAGACAGCCAGACUUCCAUCCGUUAUACGUGUUUAACCUUGUUCCUGAUCUUUGUGCAUUUAAGAAACCUCUUUCGUUUGCUGAAACAGAUCUGGAAUUUCAUCUUUGUCCUCUGCCAAGAUAUGUCAUAGACAGUAAAAAUGGAAGUAAUUUUGCAAGUACACAGAAGAAAUUUCUCGAUCGUGAUGACAUAAUUAAAGGCUUAAUGAAUUGGAAAAAGUUUCCUUCUGCUGCUCUUAAGUCUGUAACGACCACUGACUUUCUAACUAACUCAUGGGUGCCAAGAUGGAAUGAUCCAUUUUCAUUGGAUAUGCUUCCUGUUGAUGUUCCUUUGCAACUGGAUCAUAAAUUAGAUGGAAACAAGGAGAACAUAACUGCAGAAAGUCCUGAAGAGGUUGUAUUGACACCAGAAAUGUUGGAAGCUGAAUUCACAAUGAUUCAAAGUGCAUUAUCAGAGAAUCCUAAAUUUGAAGCAGAACAAGAAGAUGAUAAGCUCAUAAAGGCUAAAUCUUCACAAACAUCAACUCCUGUUCAACCCACUCCAAGGGAAGUAAGAGAACAACAUUUGGAGAAUGCCCUACAAGUUCAGAACAACCGUUUGGGAUCAGGUUUUCAAAUGCGACUGGAGCACCUCAGACGUUUAAGUAUCAACAAGUCGUUGCUUCUAAACUAAAAUUGACAUUUAUUACUACAUCGUAGUUUCAAAAUGACAUGUGAACUGCUUGGUGCACAAGUAUUUCCAUACUUACAAUUAUUUUUCUAGUUUGCUAAAAGUACAAUUAUACAUUUAUGGAAUAUUGACAUUGUGCCAUUAUAAUGAAUCAGGAAUUCCAUGUGCCCAGAUUGCAAUAAAUAGUAGAGUAAAAUUGUUGUAAAUAAGGUCAAAACUAUAAUUAAAUAAAUACUUUGUUAUUGUGAUAACAGUCACAUGUUAAAGGUAAUAUGUUAUCCAUACUCAAGGAAUUAUUUCUGUGUGGCUUUUUAUGGUGAAGGCAGGGGACUGUUGGAAUGUUGAAAAAGUGGGAAAUAGCCUUGCAUAUAAAAAAACUAAUCAACUGAUUUUUUUCUUAAUCUGAAAUUUUGCCUCUUUAUAUCAGCGAGUAGUAAUUAAUCAAAAUAUUAAUGAUUAAUAAGACAAUAAAACAUUCGAGCAGAAUUGAGCCAUUUAGCCCAAUGAGUCUGCUCUGCCAUUCGAUCAUGGUUGAUUUACUUUCCCUCUCAACCCCAUUCUCCUGCCUGUAACCUUUGAUGCCCUUACUAAUUAAGAAUCUAUCAACACACUGUUUAAAUAUACCAAAUGGCUUGCCCCCCACACCUUCUGUGGGCACGAAUUUCACAGCUUCAAUAUCCUCUGGUUCAAGAAAUUCCUCUUUAUCUUUGUUUUAAAUGGAUGUCCCUCUAUUCUGAAGCCAUUCCUUCUGGUUUCCACUAUAGGAAACAUCCUUUCCAUGUCCACUCUAUCAAGGCUUUUCAAAGUUCAAUAGGUUUCAAUGAGAUCCCCACUCAUUCUAGCGAUUACUGGUAGAGAGCCAUCAAAUGCUUCUCAUACAAAAAUCUUUUUAUUCCCAGAAUCACUCUCAUGAGACUUCUUGAAACCUCAUACCUUAUAAAACCUCAUUAUUAUAUCCUUGCUUUUAUAUUUUGGACCUUUUGAAAUGUUGACAUUGCUUACCAUUGACUUAACCUGUAAGUAAAGGAAUCCUGCUUGGGGACUGCUAAGUCCUUUUGUACCUCUGAAUUUUGAAUGUUCUCCCCAUUUAGAAAAGAGUCUACGCAUUUUUUCCUCUACCAAAGUACAUGACCAUACAUUUCCCGACACUAUAUUCCAUCUUUGCCCAUUCUUCCAAACUGUCUAAAUGCUUCAUCAACACUACCUGCCCCUCCACCUAUCUUUGUGUCAUCUGCAAAUUGGCCACAAAGCCAUCCAUUUCAUCGUUCAAAUCAUUGACAUAUACAGUACUGUAACAUGAAGAGAACCGUUCCCAAAAUGGACCCCCUCGAAACACCAUUAAUCACUGACAGCCAACCAGAAAAGGCUCACUCUAUUCCUAGUUUUUGCCUCCUGUCAAUCAGACAGUCUUUUAUCCAUGUUGGUAUCUUUCUUGUAAUGCCAUAAAGUUUGUCUUGUUAAGCAGCCUCAUGGGCAACACCUUGUCAAAGGCUGUGAACUCAAUCUGAGACGUCCCUGACUCUGGCACCUGGGAGGCAACAUACCAUCUGGGUGUCUAUUUCACAGCAUCUCCUAACUAUAGAAUCCCCUAUCACGACUCGCUCUCCUCUUCUGCCCCCUCUCCUUCUGAGCCACAGAGCCUGACUCAUCCAAAGUGAUACAUCUGUUGUUGAGUAGUACGGCCACAGGAGUACUCUCCACUGGCUGCCUAUCCCUUUUCCCGCUCCUGACGGUUACCUAGUAACACGUGUUCUGUUCCCUGCGUGUAACUCCUUCCCUAUAAUCCUGUCAGUCAAUCCCUCAGCUUCGAAAUGAUCUGAAGUACAUCGAGUUCUAGCACCAGUUCCUUAACAGGGUCUGAAAAAAGCUGCAGGAGGAUGCACUUCUUGCAGGUGUAGUCAUCAGGGAUAGAGUUCUUCCCACAUCCCGCAAGAGGAGCAUUCCAUUAUCCUGCUUGGAAUCCCCACUGAUCUAACUAUGCAGUAACAAAGAAAGAAAAAAUAAACGAAAAAAGAUCUAACUUCUGCCUCUGCCUCUCCUCACCAAAGCCUCUAUGUGCCAAAGUCUGAGCUCCCCACUAUAACACUGGCCCAUGCACACAAUGCUUAAACCUAACUUCUUUAUAUUGGAUCUUGCCAAAGUGCCUAAUUAGGCACAACCCAAUAUCUCCCUGGGAACUCUAUUGCUUAAAAUAUCCUCGCUUCUUUUGAACACUCUCUCCCGCUAUGCAAUCCAUUGAUUUAACAGAGAUCUGUAGCACACGCAUCUUAGUGUAAAAUAGACGCUUCUGAAUAAUUUUGCUUUUAUUGAUGAAAUAUUAAACAAAAGAUUACCUCAUUCACAUCAUUCAUUAUGGUGACAUUUGGUGGCAAUAUCUGUUUACAUCACAUAUUCCCUAUCAUCUACCAUUUUUCUUUUCAUUAUGAUUAAUCAAGUUGAGAUAAAUGCUCAUAGCACCGUACUCUGCCACUGAAACUGAAUGAAACAAUUUAUGUAUAAUGUGCUUUGGGGUGUUUGUUCUUCAAAUGAAUUUUUUAAAGUAAAAAUAGGUACAAUGAUAAUAUUACAUAGUCUUAAUUUACAAUGAAAAUUCUUAAUGGCAGUGUCAUCUACACUUAGGGUAUAAAACCUUUCAAUAUAUGAAGGGGGCCGAUAAGGUUAAAGUGAGAUUUGCAGACUCCUCCAUAAGAGAGUUAGAGGUACUUAGCAGGUGUUUGAUAGGUGAUGUACAGUUUGGGAGCUAGUCAUCUGCUUUUGUUGCUUAGCUGGGUUUCUGUGUGCUCUUGAUUAAACAGAUUCAAAGUAAUUAAUGCUGAUUUGUUUAUCCUCUCAGUGGAUUUGAAGGAGUUUGUGAUGUACUUUGAGGUACCUGGAGGAGGUAGCACCUGAUGCAGAAGCAUAUAGUUGAGUAAUGAUUGUUUAAUAUAUUAUGUUUGACAAUUUUGCUCUGGAGGAAAGAUCCUGACUAUCUGCCCUAUUAUACUUCUCAUAAUUUUAAAAACAUGAUAAGUUUCCCCUCAACCUUCAAUGCUUCAGUGGGAACAAGCCAAGUUUGUCCAACCUGUCCUUGUAGCUCAUACCCUUUAAUCCAGGAAGCUUGCUAGUAAACCUCUUCUGCAUCCUUGCUAUAAUGAGGAAACCAGAACUACACACAAUACUCUUUCUAAUUGAAGUUUUAUAUAGUUGGAGCGUGACUUCCUUUCUCUUAUAAUCAAUCUCCCCACCAAUGAAGGCAAUCAUGCCAUAUGCUUUCAUUACCACCCUAUUCACUUUCAGUGAACUAUAGACCUGGACUCCAAGAUCCUUUUCUAUCUCAAUGUCAUUAAGUAAUCUACCAUUAACUUUAUCUGUUUAUUUGACAUCCUUAAUUGCAACACCUUGCACUUACCCAGAUUAAUCUCCAUCUAACACUUCUCUGCUCACAUCUGCAACUGAUUUCUAUCCUGCUAUAUUAUUUAGUAGCCUUUUAUACUGUCCACAACUCACCAAUCUUGGUGUCAUCCACAA